UUUCUGUGGCUAUGGAGUUCACUCUCUGUCUUCCCCUCCGCCGGCCAUUUGCCCUCCACAUCACAAAUCCCCUCCCUUCACUUUCCUCAACCUCUCGCCAUGGCAGUCGCGGCACCUAAUUUUUAUAUCUCCGGCCUUUCCAGCACCACCCCCCGCAGCCACAAACCAGAGUUCGCGAAGCUCUUGUCCGAAUUUCAUCCGACACCCAAUCGCGCCGGAGUUAGGGUUGUAAAAUGCAAGGCCGCCGAUGUGUCGCCGCCUUCAUCUUCUUCUUAUUCGGCGCCGGCGGCGGCGGAUAAAGGAAAUAGCUGGGUGCCGGUGGUGCCCCUGGCGGCUCUGCCGAAGGGGGAGCGGCGCGUGAUCAUACACGACGGUGAGACGGUGUUGCUGUUGUGGUAUAAAGACGACGUUUUCGCCAUAGAGAACAGAUCUCCGGCUGAGGGCGCCUAUUCUGAGGGCUUGCUCAAUGCGAAGCUCACUCAGGAUGGAUGUAUUGUUUGCCCGACAACUGAUAGCACUUUUGAUUUGCGGACGGGAGAUAUUAAAGAUUGGUAUCCUAGGAAUCUUGUACUUAGAGCACUCACUCCACCUCUAAGAACUUUAUUCGUAUAUCCUGUGAAAACUGAUAACGAGAAUAUAUACAUAAGCAUUAACAGAAGCUUGCAAUCUGAUAAGUCUACUGAAAUAGUUUUCAGUGGGAAAGCUAAUCCAGGUGUCACGGCCUCAGAUGUAAAUGUUGAUGAGGUAAAAAUGAUUGUUGAUGAAGACCUCGAAGGUUUUGGUUUCACAGGGAAGAAUGAAUUGAUAAACGGGAAAGCAGCAGCAAUCGGUUUCUUGUUGCUAUUGGAUUUUGAACUGCUGACUGGUAAAGGCCUACUCAAGGGAACCGGGUUCUUGGACUUCAUUUAUUCUAUUUCAAAUGGUCUCCAAUGACUUUUUUCCCCUAAUCUGGCAUAAAGUAAGCAAUAUCUGCCCUCAAAAUGUUUGUGUUCUGCCACAUUUCCCUCUCUUCUACCCCUUCUAUUUCUUGAACUUGUUUAUAGAAAGAGCAAACAUCAUUUAAUUGUUGUAUAUUUCGUAGUUCGAUUCUAUCACUUGAUUUUGUUCAGCCAAAUGAUGGAAACACCACAUUGUCGACUCAAGCGUGUCGUUCAUGUUCGUGAGACUCG